AUGCACUAUACAAUGUACGCUGGCGUCGAGAUUUACGUGCGAGGGGUGAAGUGGCUGACGCAACCCCGGAUACGUACCUUCCGAGCCGAGAUGGAGGUUGGAGUCGUGCGGACCCAAGAUUUGUUUGUCUGUCUUGCUAACUUGAUGUAUAUUGGCGCUUUGAGCAGUGAGUUCAGUGCAUCGGGAGACAUCAUAGCAUCGGGAUGUUUGAAUUCUAUAAUGGGUCAGCGGCCGUUCGAUGUUGUUGGAGCAUUGGUAUACCUUUUCUUGAUAUACUCCGAUGUCAUGUUUGCGGCGCAGCCUUCGCACGCUGCUCAUGCUUUCCAAUCUACGUACGUAAAGAGGCAACCCUCUACCAGAGUCUGCGAUCUGCUUGCAGACUGGGGAUUGUAUAGGGCAUGCUACAUUUUGAUUCUGCAACUGUGUUCAAUGCAUGACUUUGUCCUCGACACGUAUCAGUCGGCCAGAAAAGUCCGUGAUCAAGUGAUGGUCCUGCCUCGUGGCCGGCGGAGCAGACUUGGCCUGUUCGGACGGCUUGAAGUCCAUUUCUCCCAGGCUCAAGGCGUUCUGAUCAGCCAUGAUGCAGCGAGCCAUUAUUGUUAUGAGCAUCGAAAAUCAUUGGAACCACGGCGUAAGCAGGCGUGCCUGAUAUGCCAUGUAUCAUUGUCCAUGCUGCAUCUUCUUAUUUUGCCACGACAUGCGAUCUGUGUCCGCGAAGUAGGGCUCUGUGAGAAUACUUGUCGCGUCGACCAAACGCUGGUGCUGGACGGCGCCAAAUUUGCACAAGACUCAAUGGUCAACGUGCUUUUCGUCCACAGCAUCAUCCUCCGUCUUGCCAUGCUCAGGUAUCGUAUCGAAGCGGUUUGGCGAAGACGGCUGCCACAGAUCUCGACACCGCGAACAGGGUGGGACGUGAUAAGCAGCCAGAAUGUUGUGAUCUGCAGAUGUCAUCUCGCAUUCCUGGGUCUCCCGUCUCAUGACGCUGCAGGACUAUGUCCUUUCGCCGCCGAAAAAGCAUUAUCAGGAACUGUUUGCGUGUCAAUGCUCAAGGACCGCUUCUAUCCUAUCCCGAGGGUGCACGUUACACGACGCCGCUGUUCUACAGCAUUCCUGCAAGCAUUGAUAUGCAUGCAUAGCAUCGCCAGAACCGCGGCUGAUCGGGCUGCUUUCCUCCAAGGACGCCAAGCAUGGGAUGACAGCUAUAGCUCGACGAAUCCAGAGAGUCGAGCAUAUCAGGCACGCAAAGAUAGGAAAGACCCUGAGAUCUCGACUCGGCUCCGUGCUCCACAUCUUGGUUUAAUUGCUGGCGGCAGUCUCGGAAUUGGCAAGGGCUGUAAGAUAUUGAAGAACAUGGCCCGGUCACUACUACUGCUUAUUAUUAUUAGUGAGGGAAAGGCCGGCUGGUAUGCCUCUUUCGGUGACUCGGUGACUCGUAGGGGUCGUGGUACCUGCUUUGGUCCGCAUCUUGCCCUGCUAUGGAGCGGAUGGCUGGUUCCAGAGCGGACAGGCCUAAAUCGUUCGGAGCUGGUUGCUAUCUCAGCGGGUGGCUGUUCAUACACCCCACCGUACUCCACACUGCGGGUCUCUGAUCAUUGGAUGUCGUCGGCAGGUACCGGAGGCGUGUCUGUCUCAGGAGGCGCAAGCCAAGCUGCAAUGCGGACGGGAGAAAGAGUGAAGAAGAAGCAGCUCAUCAAUGCUUGGCAAUUUGGCAUCAUGGUGGAGAGCCGAGCGACAGCGACGGGCCAGCGUGUUGCCUCAACUCGUACGCCGUACGGUAGUGAUAAUAAAGCCGUGGUUUUGCACAUUAUUAGGCCCUGUAUACUUCUGUAG